ACAAUCUCUUGUGGAACUCGCAUAUUCAAAUGAUAACAGCUAAAGCUAACAAGAUGCUUGGUCUCCUAAAGAGAACCUGUCCUUUAUUGACGGAAACCAAAAUCCGGCGUUCAUUAUACCUAUCGCUUGUAAAGUCGAAGUUAUGCUAUGGUACUGAAAUUUGGUCUCCAUCCAAUGUCUCCCUCAAAGUCAAGAUCGAAAGAAUACAACGACGCGCGACAAGAUGGAUCCUAAGAUCAAGAAUAG